CAGGGAAGCGGGGGCGGUUGUCACAGCACAUUCCACGGUAGUUUCUUCCAGUUCCGCGACUCGCGGGCCCCUCCUAAUGUCAGGGACUUAAGCUUGGGGCUCGCUGGGACCUGGUGGUCCGGUUAUGGGAAAAGAAGCCUCGUGGGAGAGCAGAGGUUUGGUGGGGCGAGGGCGGCGGCUUUUGUUGUGUCAGCGGAGCCUUCUUGGGCUGGGGCCCCCCUCGUGUCCCGCGGCGGGAGGCGGGGGGCAUUGGGACUUGGUUGGGUCGCGUCUCGCCUGGUUUGAGGGUUUCCGGGGCUCUGAGCUCGCCCACUCCGCCUCCCUGCACUCCAGGCGCGUAGUCACUUUUUUACAGUGCAAGGUUGGCGUGUUAAUCUCCCUGGGCCUCUCCUUUCCGUUCUUUAAAAUGGGGACGUUAGGACCAUCUUUGUAGAAUCGUUUUGGUAACUGGAAUAGGUUACACAACACAAGCAGUCCCUGUCACUUGCCUGAAAAAGGACUGCGCGGACUGACUUCUUGGCUACUGAAAGCAAAGCUCCAUUGUUCCAGGCACGAUUCUGCCUUCUCUCAAAUGGCAUAACUCAGGACUCUGCAAAUUCCCAGAAACAGGAGGAAAAAUGACCACAUUCAAGGAGGGACUGACCUUCAAGGAUGUGGCUGUGGUCUUCACUGAGGAGGAGCUGGGGCUGCUGGACCCUGUCCAGAGGAAUCUGUACCAAGAUGUGAUGCUGGAGAACUUCAGGAACCUGCUGUCAGUGGGGCAUCACCCCUUCAAACAUGAUGUAUUCCUUUUAGAAAAGGAAAAAAAGCUUGAUAUGAUGAAGACAGCAACUCAAAGAAAAGGGAAAUCAGCAGACAAGAUCCAAAGUGAGGUGGAGACUGUUCCAGAAGCAGGACGACAUGAAGAGCUUUACUGGGGGCAAAUCUGGAAACAGAUUGCAAGUGAUUUAAUCAAGUAUGAAGACUCUAUGAUAAGUAUUUCUCGGUUCCCCAGACAAGGUGAUUUGUCCUGCCAGGUUAGGGCAGGACUAUAUACAACUCACACAGGACAGAAAUUUUACCAAUGUGAUGAGUACAAAAAAUCCUUCACUGAUGUCUUCAACUUUGAUCUUCAUCAACAGUUACACUCAGGAGAGAAGUCUCAUACAUGUGGUGAGUGUGGAAAAAGCUUCUGUUACAUCUCAGCCCUUCAUAUUCAUCAGAGAGUCCACAUGGGAGAGAAACGCUAUAAGUGUGACGUGUGUGGUAAGGAAUUUAGUCAGAGCUCACAUCUUCAAACUCAUCAGAGAGUCCACACUGUAGAGAAACCAUUCAAAUGUGUGGAAUGUGGGAAAGGCUUCAGUCGUAGAUCAACACUUACUGUACAUUGCAAAUUACACUCAGGAGAGAAACCUUACAAUUGUGAGGAAUGUGGGAGGGCCUUCAUACAUGCUUCCCAUCUUCAGGAACAUCAGAGAAUCCAUACUGGGGAGAAACCAUUCAAAUGUGAUACAUGUGGUAAGAACUUCCGUCGUAGAUCAGCACUUAAUAAUCAUUGCAUGGUCCACACAGGAGAGAAACCAUACAAAUGUGAGGACUGUGGUAAGUGUUUCACUUGUAGCUCAAACCUUCGUAUCCAUCAAAGGGUCCACACAGGAGAGAAACCUUACAAGUGUGAAGAAUGUGGUAAGUGCUUUAUUCAGCCUUCACAAUUUCAGGCCCAUCGGAGAAUCCACACUGGAGAGAAACCAUAUGUAUGUAAAGUGUGUGGUAAGGGUUUCAUUUACAGUUCAAGUUUUCAGGCCCAUCAGGGAGUCCACACUGGAGAGAAGCCAUACAAAUGCAAUGAGUGUGGGAAGAGCUUCAGAAUGAAAAUUCAUUAUCAAGUGCAUCUGGUAGUCCACACAGGGGAAAAACCCUAUAAAUGUGAAGUAUGUGGUAAAGCCUUCCGUCAGAGUUCGUAUCUUAAAAUCCAUCUGAAAGCACAUAGUGUACAGAAACCUUUUAAGUGUGAAGAGUGUGGGCAGGGCUUCAAUCAGAGCUCACGACUUCAGAUUCACCAGCUGAUCCAUACCGGCGAGAAACCAUACAAAUGUGAAGAGUGUGGCAAGGGAUUUAGUCGUAGAGCAGAUCUUAAAAUUCAUUGUAGGAUUCACACAGGGGAGAAACCAUAUAAUUGUGAGGAGUGUGGGAAGGUCUUCAGUCAGGCCUCGCAUCUUCUAACCCAUCAGAGAGUUCACAGUGGGGAAAAACCAUUUAAAUGUGAAGAGUGUGAGAAGAGCUUCAGUCGGAGUGCACACCUUCAAGCCCAUCAAAAAGUCCACACUGGAGAAAAGCCAUACAAAUGUGGGGAGUGUGGAAAGGGCUUCAAGUGGAGCUUGAACCUUGACAUGCAUCAGAGGGUGCACACAGGAGAAAAACCCUAUACAUGUGGGGAGUGUGGGAAGCACUUCAGUCAGGCCUCAAGUCUCCAACUUCAUCAGAGUGUCCACACAGGAGAGAAACCAUACAAAUGUGAUGUGUGUGGUAAAGUCUUCAGUCGGUCUUCACAACUACAGUAUCAUAGGCGAGUUCACACUGGGGAAAAGCCUUACAAAUGUGAGAUAUGUGGUAAGAGGUUCAGCUGGCGAUCAAAUCUUGUAAGUCAUCACAAAAUUCAUGCUGCUGGUACAUUUUAUGAAAAUGAUGAGAAUAGUAAGAACAUCAGAGAGUUGUCAGAGGGAGGAAGUUCUACAAGGUGAUUAAAAAAAAAAAAAACAGAACUCAUGUACAACCUGAAUGCUUGUAAUCAGAUUUCAUAGGAGAGAAAAAUUUUCUUUAUCAACCUCUUUGAAUUUAUUUGAUUUGUAACGCUCCACAUUUCCACCUAGACUUUUUUUUUGUUUUUUGUUUUUGAAAUGGAGUCUCGCUCUGUUGCCCAUGCUGGAUGCAGUGGUGCGAUCUCAGCUCACUGCAACCUCCACUUCCCCAGUUCAAGCGAUUCUCCUGCCUCAGUGGAUUACAGGUGCACACCACCACGCCUGGCUAAUUUUUGUAUUUUUAGUAGAGAUGGAGUUUCACCAUACUGGCCAGGCUGGUCUCAAGCUCCUGACCUCCUGUGAUCCACCCACCUCGGCCUCCCAAAGUGCUGGGAUUACAGGCCCCUGCCCUCCAUCUAGACUUUGAAAUGAUUGCCUUCUAAUUACAGUAGCAUUGUCUUAUUUAAAAUAUUUGUUUUAUUUAAGUCAGUGUUUAAGCAAUAGCUCAACAUAUCCCAGUGGUCCAGUGACCACACAGCUGAGAACCCUUGUUAAGUGGUACAGUAAAGCAUUCUGUCAAAACUUUGGCAUUUAUGACAUGUCACCUAGGAAAUAGGACUUAGAAAAUGAGUUUGACCUGGGCUUUAAAAAAGUAUACUGAUUAAGAUGCCAGAAUUGAUGUCCAUUAGACUGUAAGCUCCAUGGGGGCAGGAACUUUGCUGCUGAAUCUAUACAACCUUAACAUUGACUAGUGCUUGUAGGUGUGCUCAAUACUUGUUUGUUAACUGAAUCAAAAGGAGUAAAUGCACAAUAUUUGAACAUUGUAUCAAAAGGAAGAAACCUGCGAAAUUAUUUGCAGAAAUGAACAUAUGUUGAAAUGCAGAAAACCACUGGAUACUGCAGCCUACAAUAUUAAUAUGAUAUUACUCUUUUACAGUUGACACCUGUCCUCUCUCUAGUCUCUUCUCUCAAAUUUGGUUCUUAUUGAGAGCCUGUCUAGUUUCCCAAAGGUUUUAUAAAACAUAAGUUGAAGUACCUUUAUUUUUAAUUUUAUUUUUGAGACAGGACCUCGCUCUGUCACCAAGGCUGGAGUGCAGUGGCAUAAUCAUGGCUCACUGCAGCCUCGUCCUCCCAGGCUCCAUCCAUCCGCCCAUCUCUCCCUCUGAGUAGCUGGGACCACAGGCACGUGCCACCACACCCAGCUAAUUUUUGUAUGUUUGGUAGAGAAAGGGUUUCACCACAUUGCCCAGGCUGGUCUUGAACACCUGAGCUCAAGCAAUCCAACCUCCUUGGCCUCCCAGUGUUAAAUUACAGGCGUAAGCCACCACACCCGGCCAAGUUGAAGUAUGUUUUGUGAUUUUUCUGAUAGUGCAGACUGAAAAAAAUUUAAUUAACCUGACAAGAGUUUACUGAAUAUCACGCAAUUGAGUUUUUAAUCCAUUAAUGUUAAGGCAGGGGUUUACUCUAACACUUUUAAAGUGUCAGAAGUAGUUGCCAAUGCAAAAUUUUUAUCAACCCCCUUGAAUUUAUUUGAUUUCUGACUUUCCACAUUUCCAUCCAGACUUUGACAUGAUUGCCUUCUAAUAACUGUAGCAUUCUCUUAUUAAAACUUCUGGCUGGGUGUGGUGGCUCAUGCCUGUAACCCCAGCACUUUAGGAGGCCAAGGCAGGUGAAUCACCUGAGGUCAGGACUUAGAGAGAGACCAGCCUGACCAACAUGGUGAAACCCCAUCUCUACUAAAUACAAAAAUUAGCUGGGCAUGGUGGCAGGCGCCUGUAAUCCCAGCUACUCAGGAGGCUGAGGCAGAAUUGUUUGAACCCGGGAGGCGGAAGUUGCAGUGAGCCGAGACUGCGCCAUUGCACUCCAGCCUGGGUGACAGAGCAAGACUCCAUCUCAAAAAAAAAAAAAAAACUUCUGAGGUAGGGGCUCUACCAUAUUUUUGCCCCACACCCAUUAAGCGAAUACCAAAAACAACUUGUGGAAAUUUGAUAAUUUUAUCAAAUUUAUUAUUUGGGCAGGAUUGGCAUUUACCAUGCUUUUCCCUAUUGCUGGCAGUAAAACAUGGGUUUAAGGAAGAGUGUUUUUCAGAAUUUACACUGUGUAUCUCUGAUUUGGAAGUUAUAUAAUUGGAAUUUAUGAUUAUGAGAUUAAAAUACCAAAAAGACUAAGUAACAUAUCAAUGAUGUCAAUGAAUUGUUUUAAAUGGAAGUGUGUGUUCCUCUAUAAUAAUUUGACUUUUGAUAUUUUCAUUCCUGUAUUGACCUGAAGCCAUUAAAAUGGUGGCAGGUAUCUGUAAUGACAGGAUAAAGAAAGAAUACAGGCUUUGGAAGAUCAUAGACUAUUGCCUUUGUAGUAUAAUGAAAUCUAUACGUUUUUGUGAGUGAGUGUGUAUGUACAUGCAUAAGAUAAUGUGUAAAGGAUACUUUUUUUUUUAGCAAUUUUCUCUUGCAGUGAGCAUUUUGUGGUAUUUUUCCAUUUUAUAAUUCCAUAAAUUAUAUUUUAAUUUAUUAUUGAACAUCAGUAUUACCAAAGCAGUAAAUUAUGUACAUUAGAAUUUUGAAAAGUGCUAUAUGAUAAUCCCUUCAAAAUAUGAUUGUUCUAUAUCGUUAUAUGGCACAUAAGAUCAUAAUUAAGUAAUAGAUUCUGGAAGCCAAUUUUAAAAACAAAAAAAUUCUCUGAAUACGUGGAUAAAUGGAUGAGUGUGAACAAUUGUAUCUUUGCAAUUAAUGCCUGCUACACUUCUUUUUUUUUUUUGAGAUGGAGUCUCUCUCUGUUGCCCAGGCUGGAGUGCAGUGGUGCAAUCUUGAAUCACUGCAACCUCCGCCUCGCGAAUUCAAACGAUUAUCCUGCCUCAGCCUCCUGAGUAGCUGGGAUUACAGGGGGCAUGCCACUAUGUCCAACUCAGUUUUUUUGUUUUUUUUUUUUCCGAGACGGAAUCUCACUCUGUUGCCAGGCUGGAGUGCAGUGGUGCAAUCUCAGCUCACUGCAACCUCUGCCUCCCAAGUUCAAGCAAUUCUCCUGCCUCAGCCUCCUGAGUAGCUGGGACUACAGGUGUGCACCACCACGCCCAGCUAAUUUUUGUAUUUUCAGUAGAGAUGGGGUUUCACCAUGUUGGCCAGGAUGGUCUCGAGCUCUUGACCUUGUGAUCCGCCCUCCUUGGCCUCCCAAAGUGCUGGGAUUACAGGCGUGAACCACCACGCCUGGCCUAAAUUUUGUAUUUUUAGUACAGACGAGGUUUCACCAUGUUGGCCAGGCUGGUCUCGAGCUCCUGACCUCAAGUGAUCUGCCCGCCUCGGCCUCUCAAAGUGCUGGGAUUACAGGCGUGAUCCACUGUGCCCGGCCUUGCUUGCUACAUUUUUUAAAGCGUUAAUCUAUAACACAGAGAGAAUCCUGGAAAUGAAAACAAAGUGGUAUACAUAUGUUAGGGAGGUAUGUUUAAAAAGGUUCACUGAGGAAAAAGUGUGCAUAAGAGCAGAAUAUAGUGCAAUCCACUUACCGGAUGUGGAACCAGUAAGGACAAAGAGUGGGUUUGAAUGACAUUCCAUAUUCCUUGGACAUGAUGGUGAUAUUUUCAGUGUAGUUGAUUAAAGCAUGGAUCCCUAACCCCUAGGCCACAGACCCUGUUAGGAGCAGGGCCAGACAGCAAGAGGUGAGCAGUGGGCAAGUGAGCAAAGCUGAGUUCUGCCUUCUGUCAGAUCAGUGGCAUGAACCCUAUUGUGAACUACGCAUGUGAAGGAUCUAGGUUGCAGCCAGGCGCAGUGGCUCAUGCCUUUAAUCUCAGCACUUUGGGAGGCUGAGGUGGGCGGAUCACCUGAGGUCACGAGUUGGAAACCAGCCUGGCCAAUAUAGUGAAACCCCAUCUGUACUAAAAAUACAAAAAUUAGCCAGGCAUGGUGGCAGGUGCCUGUAAUCCCAGCUACUUGGGAGACUGAGGCAGGAGAAUCACUUGAACCCAGGAGAUAGAAGUUGCAGUGAGCCGAGGUUGCGCCAUUGCACUCCAGCCUGGGCAACAAGAGCAAAACUCUUUUUUUAUUUUUUUUUAAAGAAAGGAUCUAAGUUGCUCGCUCCUUGUGAAAAUAAAAUGAUAAAUGUAAUGUGCUUGAAUCAUCCCCAAACCAUCCCCAUCCCCCCACCUCACCUUGUGGAAAAAUACUGUCUUCUGCAAAGCUGGUCCCCUGUGCCAAAAAGGUUGUGAACUGCUGGAUUAAAGGGCUUUACUCAAUAAAUUAUAUCUAACUGGGGA